AUGACACAAGAUCAGUCACAAAAUCAAUCGAAUCUAAAUGAUUCAUUGUCCGCAACUCUAACACAAAGUACAAGUCACAAACAUUCUCAUGGUGCUAUUGUACGAAUUCGUUUGGAAAAUUUUAUGACAUAUAAAGAAGUUGAACUUUAUCCUGGGCCACGUCUUAAUGUGAUCAUUGGACCAAAUGGUAGUGGAAAAUCAUCGAUUGUAUGUGCUAUUUGUCUUGGUCUAGCUGGUCAUCCACGAGUUAUUGGCCGAGCUGGUAAUAUAGGUGAUUACAUUAAAACAGGCAAUGAAAAGGGCAUGAUUGAAAUCGAGCUAAAUAAUACUGAGAGAGGCUCAAAUUGGAUUGUAAAUCGAACACUUCACACACAUAGUGCUAGUAAAUGGACACUUAAUGGGAAACCAACUACAGAAACAGCUAUCAAAGACUUAAUGAAAAAUCUUCAUAUACAAGUUGAUAAUCUAUGCCAAUUUUUACCACAAGAAAAAGUAGCUGAAUUUACAAAUAUGUCGAAAUGUGAUUUACUGGAAAAUACUGAAAAAUGCGUUGGUGGAGAAGAACUUUAUUCGCUUCAUAAAUCGCUUAAAACGUUAGGGCAAGAAACACGUACUCUUGAAGUCGAUUUAAAUGAAGCACUUAAUCAAGCAGCAACAUGUAAACAAGCAUUAAAACAUCUGGAACCAGAUGUUCAAGCAAUACAAGGUCGAAAAGAUCUUGAAGCUAAAAUUGGUGAAUAUACAAAAUGCAAAUAUUUUCGGGAUUAUGAAGAAAAAAUUAAUGAUCAUGAAAAUGUUACCAAAGCAUUUGAGGCUGUAAAGAAAAAGGUUGAAGAAGUUAAUCAUCGAUUAAAACCAAUGCAAGAUCAAAUUAAGAAAUCAAAAGUUGAAUUAGAAAAAACUCAAACGUCAUUUAAAGCUAAAUAUAAAGAAUCAGUUGAUUUAAAAAAUAAAUUAAACAAAGACAUAAAUGCUAUAUCUGAGCAAAGUGAUGAUUUGAUUGAAAAAAUUCGUGAUGAACUUCGCCACAAGAAAGACGAAGAAAAACGUCGCAUUGAAUCGUGUAAAGAUGUUGAACAACAAAUAAAUGCUCUCGAAGAACAAUUUGAUUCAAUGGACGUUAAUUCUCAAGAUCAAGAAGAUUUACAAGCUGAAUGGAAUAAACUAGAAGAAGAACGAAAACGAAUUAGUGAGCAACAAGCACAACUAUCGAAUAAACAUCAGCAAGUAAUUGAUGAAGUGCGUCGAAUUCAACAAGAUAUACAAAUUAAACAACGUGAACUUGAUCAUAUAAAUAAUGUUCAAGAAACUCGUUUAGUUAAUUUACAACAUCAAAAUCCCGAUGCAUGGAAAGCUGUUAAAUGGCUUCGUCAAAAUAAAAUGCUUUUUCGAAAAACAGUCUAUGAACCAAUGAUUCUGUCGUUAAAUGUUAAUGAGCCAAAUAUGAUGAAAUAUGUUGAAUUUGUUAUUCCAAAACGUGAUCUUUUAGCAAUGUUUAUUUUUGAAGAUACAGAUGAUAUGGAAUUAUUUAUUAAAGAAUGCCAUGAAAAACAGAAAUUAGUUGUACACGGUUCAGCCAUUCCAGUCAUGUCACUAGAAGAAUUCCGUCGUGAAGCGACACCAAUAGAUAAUUUAAAAAAAUAUGGCAUGUUUCAAUAUGUUAUCGAUGCAGUACAAGGACCAGAUGCAAUUUUACGUUAUCUAUGUCAAACUACUAAAAUACAUACAUUACCUAUUGCUAAUGAUUUAUCUAUGACGAAAAUGGAUGAUAUUACAAAAGAUGAAAAAAUUCGAAGAUUUUUCGUGAAGAAUUUUUGUUAUUCAUUAUCGAUUUCAUAUUAUACAAAAGAACCAUCGACGACUAAUGUUCAUGUACAAAAAGAAAAAUAUUUAACGGAUAGUGUUAGUCAUGAUCGAAAACAAAAACUUGAACAAGAACAUCAGCAAAUGAAAGAUCGUUGCAAUGAAUUACAAAAAUCUCAGCAAGCAUAUGAAAAAGAACAAAAUGGUCUUUCUCGCAAUCUUGAUGAUGUUAAGGCACGAAAGAUUGCAAUUACUGAUAAACGUAAUAUGAAAGCUAAACUAGAACGUAAAAUUGAAGAAAAAAAACAUACCUUAAACACGUAUAAAAAAAAACAAAUUGAUAUUGAAAAAGAAGAAAAAAUAGCACAUGAAAAAGAAAUGAAAAUUCAUGAAGAUAAAAUGCAUAAAUUGAAUGCGCAAGUGAAAGAACUUGAGAAUUUCAAUAAAAAAUGUAAUCUUAUGAUAAUCGAUAGCGGUCGUGUAGCUCUUGCCCGACAACAAAAUCUUCAAGCUGUUGGAAAACUUGAAAUAUACAAUGACGAAUUAACACAAUUGAAAGAAAAAACAAUCAACUCGAAAAAACGUUUAGAAAUGAGUGAAGCAUCAACACGACUUGCUGCACAAAAAGUUGUGAAAUCAUUAGAUAAAACUCUUCCGCCUGAUAAUAUUGUUCUACCAAAUAAAAUGAUUCAAGAAUUAAGAACAAAAUUCGCUGAUUUUCCAAAAAAUUUAGCUGAUUUAGAAUCUGAAAUAAUGAAUUUUAACGCUCAACUUAGUUGCCAAGGAAAUAUUAAAGAUGAUGUUAUUCGUGUAUAUCAACUAGAAAAAGCGAAAUUAACUCAAUUCGAAAAUCGUAUUCAUGACCUUGAAAUUAAAAUAAAACAAGGACAAAUAACAGCUGAUACAAGUAAAAAUAAAUGGUUAAAUGAAGUUAAUACGAUGAUUCAUGAUAUCAAUGAAAAAUUCGUUGAUUUAUUUAAUACCAUGGGUUGUAAAGGUCAAGUUUGUCUAGACAUUCCUGAAUCCGCAAAAGAUUUUGAAAAAUAUGGCGUUAAUAUUAAGGUACAAUUUCGUGAUGGAGAAAAAUUGCAUGAAAUGAGCGAAUUUUUACAAAGUGGAGGAGAAAAAAGUGUAUCAGUUAUGUUAUAUAUGAUUGCAUUACAAAAUAUGACAAUCUGUCCAUUUCGAUGUGUUGAUGAAAUAAAUCAAGGAAUGGAUCCGACAAAUGAACGACGUGUUUUUGAAUUACUUGUUAGACAUUCAUCUGAUAAAGCUAAUUCACAAUACUUUUUACUUUCACCUAAACUUUUGCCAAAUCUUAAAUAUAGUAGAAAAAUCAAAUUAUUAUUUGUAUGUAACGGUGAUGUCAAUAUAAAGAGUCAAGAGUGGAAUGUUGCCAAAUACAUAGAACGCCGCCGAGCUCUUGCCAACACUCAAAAUAAUUAA